AUGCCGUUAAUGCGAAUCCCCUACACCUCGCCACUGCCCAGUCCAACCAUCAUUCCCGCCUCAGCAACCACAAUCCAAGGCGCAGUCGCAGCCCUUCAAAACUUCCUCUCCACGCCACCCAAAACCAGCAAUGCCCGCGGCGGCAAAGCAGUCAUCCUCUCCGGCGCCGGGAUAUCGGUAGCAUCAGGCCUGGCAGACUACCGCGGAAGCCAAGGCACAUACACCCUCAACAAAACCUACCGACCCAUCUACUUCCACGAAUUCAGCGCGAACCAUGAGGCGAGAAAGCGCUACUGGGCUCGCAGCUUUCUCGGCUGGACGACGCUGAAUCGCAGCAAACCUAACAGGGCACACGAGGCCGUCGCGCAGCUCGGGAAGGCAGGCGUGAUUUCCUGCGUCAUUACGCAGAAUGUCGACUCCUUCCAUUCCCAGGCGCAUCCGGAUCUCCGGACGCUGGAGUUGCACGGCUAUCUGCGCAGUACGGUGUGUCUAUCCUGCCGCACCGAGUACGAUCGCGCGAAGUUCCAGGCCGAGUUGACGGCGUUGAAUCCGCCCUGGGCCACCUUCCUCGCCGAAAUGCUGGAAUCCGGGGCGCUGAGCACGGAGAACCCGGCUGAGCGACGACGUAGAGGUCUGAAAACGAAUCCGGAUGGCGAUGUCGACGUGCCUGGCGUGGAGUACUCUACCUUUCGAUAUCCCGCGUGUCCGACUUGUCUCGCGAAGCCGCCGGAGGGCAAGAGGGUGGAGGUCGACAGCGAUGGUGCUUGGUCGGCAACGUCUACUGCGGGAAUCUUGAAGCCUGCGGUUAUUAUGUUUGGCGAGUCGAUCCCGGCAUCUGUGAAGGAGGCUGUCGAGGCGGCUGUGGAUGAUGCAUCGCACGUGCUCGUGCUGGGCUCUUCGCUUGCCACUUAUUCUGCAUGGCGGGUGGUGAAGCGUGCCAAGGCGAACGGCACCCCGAUCGCGGCUGUCAACAUGGGCGGUCUGCGAAGUGAGGAGUUCUUCUUCGCCGAUGUCGACGCUCAUGGCUCUGGACGGGAUGGCGUGCGAUGUAGUCUCCCUCUGGAGGACGUCUUACCAGCUUUGGCGGCACAGAUGGGAGCGAAGAGGGACGAUGCUCUCCGAAUACCCACGAAUAGAAAUGAAAAUUUCCAACCCGCUCCGUGGCGGUGA